AUGAAUCCUUAAAAAGUAAAAAAUGGUCCUAAUUUUAUGUAAUAAGUCAAUAAGAAAAAACAUGUAGAUUGUGCUUUGAGUUCUAAUUCUGAAUCAUCAGAUGAUGAAGUAGAUGAAAUAAUUGCAAUCAAAAAAGAUGUACAAAAACAAGUAAUCAUUCCUAAAAAAUAUUAGAGAUUCUCAGUUUCUGCUGAAGCUUAUGGAUAAUUUAAUAAAAAAGAGAAUUUUAAAGCUAAAUUUAUUCCUAAAACUAAGGAACAAUCUGAAAGAAUUAAAUAAAGAAUGCAAGCAGGAUUCAUGUUUAGUGCAUUAAAUAAUAAAGAAAUUGAAAUUGUUGUUGGAGCUAUGGAAGAAAAGAUCUUUCAUAAAGCAGAAUAUGUAAUUAAAUAAGGAGAAGAAGGAAAUGUACUUUAUGUUGUUGAUACAGGAGAAUUAGAUUGUUUUAAGAAUUAUGGUAAAGGAGAUAUUUUUCUUAAAACAUAUUAUCCAGGAGAGAGUUUUGGUGAACUAGCAUUAUUAUUUUAAUCUCCAAGAGUAUCUUAAUAUAUUCAAUUAUUUAGGCUGCAUCUAUUAUUGUAAAAAGUGAUAAAGCUAUUCUUUGGUAAUUAGAUAGAGAAACAUUUAAUUUAAUUGUAAAAGAAGCAUCUAUCAAAAAGAGAUAAUAAUUUGAAACGUAUUCUUAAUAUUUUUAUCUAUUUUUUAGAUUUCUUGAAAAUUGGGAUUUAUUAAAAGAAAUUAAAGAUCCUUAUGAUAAAUUAAAAAUGAGUGAUGCAUUAUUUGAAAAGUAAUAUAAAAAAGGAGAUGUAAUUCUUUAAUAAGGAUAAAAAAGCAAUGAAAUAUUUAUUUUAGAAUAAGGAAAAGUGAGUGUAAAUAAAAAUAAUUGUAAUUUUUUUAUUUUAUCAUAGAAAAAUUGUUUGAAUUAAUUAAAUUUGGGGAAUACUUUGGAGAUCAAAGUAUUGUAUCUGGUACAGUUGAAUCUUUUACUUAUGUGGCAGAAGACGAAAUUAAAUUAAUGUACAUACCUAAGAAAAGUUAUUCAUCAACUCUCAAAGAAAUAGAAGGUACUUUAAUGAAGAAUAUUUAAACUAAGUAUGGAAAAUAUUUAUGA